AAACACUUCUUUCGCUCCCGUCUCCCGAUUCGAUUCCCCCACAAGAGCCGCCGCAAUCUUAUCGUCUUCCCCGUCGCCUCCCUCCAAAGCUUUGACUUCUUUCUCCGCUUCCGCUUGGACUCAUCUGACGACUGCUCUGCUCCCGAUCCCAUGGCGGCGGCGGCGCCGGCGGGCGAGCCGGAGGUGAUCCGGGACAAGGCGGCGAUGCGGGCGUGGUCGCGGCGCCAACGCGCCGAGGGCAAGACGGUGGUGCUCGUGCCCACCAUGGGCUUCCUCCACGAGGGCCACCUCUCGCUCGUCUCCGCCGCGGCGGCCGUGCCCGGCCCCGUCGCCGUCGUCGUCUCCAUCUACGUCAACCCCAGCCAGUUCGCCCCCACCGAGGACCUCGCCACCUACCCCUCCGACCUCGCCGGGGACCUCCGCAAGCUCGCCUCCACCGGCGCCGUCCACGCCGUCUUCAACCCCCCGGACCUCUACCACCGCGGCGCUGUCUCUGCCCGCCGCGCCGCCGAGGCUCCCUCCUGCCUGGACGCGGGCGGGGACGGCCACGAGACGUGGAUCCGGGUGGAGCGGCUGGAGAAGGGGCUGUGUGGGGCCAGCCGGCCAGUCUUCUUCCGCGGGGUGGCCACCGUCGUCGCCAAGCUGUUCAACGUCGUCGAGCCCGACGUCGCCAUGUUCGGGAAGAAGGAUUAUCAGCAGUGGCGCCUCAUCUGCCGAAUGGUCCGCGACCUUGAUUUUGCCGUGGAGAUUGUAGGAUCAGAAAUAGUGCGAGAAGCAGAUGGUCUUGCCAUGAGCUCUCGCAACGUCCGCCUAUCGCCUGAAGAAAGGGAGAAGGCAUUAUCCAUUAGUAGAUCACUGGUAAAUGCUAGAACUGCUGCGUUGAAUAAUAGCAACAGUGCUAGCGAACAUAUAAAGGAUCAGAUAGUGCAGACGCUGACUGAAGCUGGCGGUCGUGUUGAUUAUGUUGAGACUGUGGAGCAGGAAAGUUUGGUACCUGUGGAGACGAUCGACCGCCCUGUUGUCAUUUGUGUCGCCGCAUGGUUUGGAAAGGUUAGAUUGAUCGACAAUAUCGAAAUUCAUAUACAAUCCUGAGGAUUUUGCUGUCGCCUUGUAUACGUAUCUCAUGAAGUAUCACCAAUCUGUAUUUCUGUCAAAAAUGAGAAUGAUGUUGUACAAUGCAAGUCUGUAACAACUACAUACAGAGAACUUGCAAAAUCUUCGAUAAAUGUCUAAAUUUAUUGUUUCAAUAAUAGAUAUGUUGCUAUACCAAUAACAUAUUAAAUGUUUGGACCAGCAGAAGCGAUUCUAGCUUUACAAAUGAAUGGAAUCCAUUGUCAG